GCGGCAAGCCCGAGGUUUCGGUAUUUACCAGUGGCGGCCUGGAUGUAGAAGCACUUUUUACUGCACAAGCAAACAGAGCUGCUGCUGUUUUAAGACUCAAGUGGGAUGUUGCUGGUGGAGGCUACAGAAGAGGCAAGCUUGUGUAUACAGCAAAGGCAAGCUGGUAUUCAGGCUGUAAAUCACUCUUGGGAACUGCUGGAUCCUUCUAGGGGAGGGAGCUUAACCUUUUUUGUGCCAUAAAUCCCUGCUCAACAUACUGUAUAAAAUACAUAGACGACCAAGGAAAUAAAUUGCAUUGAAAUACAGUCAUAAAAAAUGAAAACAUUUUUAACUUUAUUAAUACAAUAAAUAACAAGAUCUAGUAGCCCGUCAGAUAACAAGAAUUUCCAAGUCAUAACAACUUGUAACACUACAUGAAAAUAUCUGUGGUCUCCACUGAUGACAAAGUCACAAGUUCUAUUAGUACCACUGUGGUAUGUUCCUUAUAUUCAUCAUUGAACGAAAUGUUGAAUUUUAGUUCAGCUUAGUGAAAAUUAGUAUUUUUUUCUUAUCUAAUUUCAUAGACCCCCUGUUUAAAAAUGCAUGUGUUAAAUAGAACAUGCAUUUUCAAUCAAGCGAUAUUUUCACUAAUGAGAUGAAAACAUUUUAUUGAUAUUACAGUGGUUUGUGGCCUUCCAAAGGAGAUAAAUGUAUAUAAUAUGUUUGUGGUAUUAGAACUUUAUAAGGGGGGAGCUAUUAGGGAAAAAUAAAAGCCUCCAUAGAGGGGCAAAAUGAAAAAGUUUCUCCCAUAGAGGGGAGAAACUCUGCUCUAGAAGAAACCAUUAUGAAUUGGGCCACUAAUUUUAGUGCUGUUAAAUAGUAUUUAAGUCACCUCUAUAUUCUGAGUAGCAAGCAGUAUGUCAUCUUGAGCCCCUUAGUUCUGAGCCUGUUUUCCACAUCUGCAAAAUGGAAACAAAGGAGCUUGUUUGAUUAUGUGGCUAUGAAGAUAAGUGACUUACGGCAAGGACAUGAUCUUAAGGCAAGGGUGUCUAAUCUUUUGGCUUCCCUGGCCCACAUUGGAAGAAGAAUUAUCUUGGGCCACACAUAAAAGACACGGACACUAAUGAUAGCUGAUGAGCUUAAAACAAAUUGUAAAACUAUCUCACGUUUUAAGAAAGUUUAUGGAUUUGUGUUGGCCUGGGCCUGGGUUGGACAAGCUUGCCUUAAGGUGUAAGAGUAUGAAGUAUGUUUUUGUUCUUGCUUGGAGAGGUUGGUGAUGGUUAGCUUUGGCCUCUAAAAAGUAGUAUGGAGUGGUUAAUGUUUUUGCAUGGGCUUUAUGGAAGUUUUGUUUUUUUUUCUUUUCUUUUCUUUUUUUUUUUUUUUUCUUUUUUGAGACAGGCUUGUUCUGUUGCCCAGGCUGGAGUGCAGUGGCGCAAUCUCGGCUCACUGCAACCUCCACCUCCCGGGUUCAAGCAAUUCUCCCAUCUCAGCCUCCCGAGUAGCUAGGAUUACAGCGAUGCGCACACCAUCACGCCUGGCUAAUUUUUCUAUUUUUAGUAGAGACAGAGUUUCACCAUUUUGGCCAAGCUGGUCUCAAACUCCUGAACUCAGGUGAUCCACCCACCUCGGCCUCCCAAAGUGCUGGGAUUACAGGUGUGAGCCACUGUGCCCAGCCUUGGUCUCCUUUAUUUCUGGAGGCUAUAAAGCAUUCGCCUUUUCUGCACCCUAAUUUAUUUAACCAAAAUCUUACUGAUGGACCAAGGUGCAUCCAUUUUGUUGCUGUUCGUUAACGUGAGAAAUGCUGCAAGUACAUUGAGGAAAUUCCAAAAGCAGGAAUUGUUGGGUCAAAGGAAAAUUGUACUAAAAUGAAGAUGUUGCCAGAUGACUCACCGAAAGAGCUGUAUCCGCCUAUACACUCGUACCAGCAGUGUGUAUUUCCUUCCCUAACAAGAGAAACUGUUUAAAAAGUUUCACUUCUUAACAUUCUUGACACAUAAUUGUCAAAAUUGCUUUUCUAGAAAGAUUGUGCCACCUAGCACUCCCACUAGUGCUGGUUUCCAGUCUUGGAAAAUCAUACAGAUAGAUACUAUUUAUCUGAGAGUUGGUGGUUCCCAGAUAAAUAGUUGCCAGGGUUCUGGGAAUUGACGAACAUUUUUAUCUGUUUUUGUUUUUGUUUUUUUGACACGGAGUCUCGCUCUGUCGCCCAGGCUGGAGUGCAGUGGCGCCAUCUCGGCUCACUGCAACCUCCGCCUUCCGGGUUCACGCCAUUCUCCUGCCUCAGCCUCCUGAGUAGCUGGGACUACAGGCGCCCCGCCACCACGCCCGGCUAAUUUUUUGUAUUUUUAGUAGAGACAGGGUUUCACCAUGUUAGCCAGGAUGGUCUCGAUCUCCUGACCUUGUGAUCCACCCGCCUCGGCCUCCCAAAGUGCUGGGAUUACAGGCGUGAGCCACCGCGCCCGGCCGAACAUUUUUAUCUGGAUCGCUGAAAUGAGGCAGAUUCGCAGCAGUAUUGGGGCCUUAAGAAAGGAGAGUUUGUGCUGGUACCUGCUACUGGAACUCUACCUGGAAGUAGCAGCAUCGCACUGCAUCUUAACACUUUCAGAGCAACUUCUGGAAGUUCUAGAAAUAAGACAGGAAUGGGUGGUCGACUCCCACCCCUUCCUAACCAAGGCAACCUCCCAGGCUUUCCUGUCCCAUCUUAACGUCUCUGAGAGGAAAGAGAGUUGCAAUCUUAACAGAAGAAACAUGAUCAGAAGGGUACAAACGAAGGGUUCCAAUAGAGGGUGUGGGAACUAACUGCAUGUCUGGAGUUUAAUACUGGCUCUGCAGUUUACUUAACAUGUUACCUUGGGCAAGUUCAUGUCCUCUGUGCCUCAGUUUCCCCUUCUGUCAAAUAGGGUAAUAGUUUCUAUUUCAGCGUUGUUAAUAUAACAAAUUGCUUAGAAUCAUACCUGGCACAUACAAAGUAAGUGCUCAAAAGUUAUCUGUCAAUAACUUUUGUUAUGUUGCACGAGUGACAUUAUUUCUCAGAGUCUCUGUUUUUCACAUCUUUAUUUUUUCAUUAUUUAUUUAUUUAUUUUUUGAGAUGGAGUUUCGCUUUUGUUGCCCAGGCUGGAGUACAAUGGCGCAAUCUCAGCUUACUGCAACCUCCGCCUCCUGGGUUCAAGCGAUUCUCCUGCCUCAGCCUCCUGAGUAGCUGGGAUUAGGCAUGCGCCACCAUGCUGGGCUAAGUUUGUAUUUUUAGUAGAGAUGGAGUUUCACCAUGUUGGUCAGCCUGGUUUCGAACUCUCGGCCUCCCAAAGUGCUGGGAUCACAGGUGUGAGCCACCACGCCCAGCCUUUUUCUCAUCUUUAAAUGGAGCUGAUAUUUAAUAGGAUUGAAUGAUUACAGUAUGGGCAUCUGUGGGUACAAAAUCUGAAUUAUAGGAAGAUAAUGGGGCUCAUCUUUUCACCAUUGGGUCCCCAACCCCUGCUUUGCACACAGUAGGAGGUGCUCCAGUGAGUCACCCAGGGAAUGACGAGGUGGCGAGUGAGGAUGAAGCCAUAGUAAAGCGGCUUCGUCGGGAGGAAACGCACAUCUGUGAGAAAUGCUGUGCAGAGUUCUUCAGCAUCUCUGAGUUCCUGGAACAUAAGAAAAAUUGCACUAAAAAUCCACCUGUCCUCAUCAUGAAUGACAGCGAGGGACCGGUGCCUUCAGAAGACUUCUCCGGAGCUGUACUGAGCCACCAGCCCGCCAGUCCCAGCAGUAAGGACGGUCACAGGGAGAAUGGCGGCAGCUCAGAGGACAUGAAGGAGAAGCCGGGUGCGGAGUCUGUGGUGUACCUAAAGACAGAGACAGCCCUGCCAUCCACCCCCCAGGACAUAAGCUAUUUAGCCAAAGGCAAAGUGGCCAACACUAACGUGACCUUGCAGGCACUACGGGGCACCAAAGUGGCGGUGAAUCAGCGGAGCGCGGAUGCAUUCCCUGCCCCCGUGCCUGGCGCCAACAGCAUCCCGUGGGUCCUCGAGCAGAUCUUGUGUCUGCAGCAGCAGCAGCUACAGCAGAUCCAGCUCACCGAGCAGAUCCGCAUCCAGGUGAACAUGUGGGCCUCCCACGCUCUCCACUCAAGCGGGGCAGGGGCCGACACUCUGAAGACCUUGGGCAGCCACAUGUCUCAGCAGGUUUCUGCAGCUGUGGCUUUGCUCAGCCAGAAAGCUGGAAGCCAAGGUCUGUCUCUGGAUGCCUUGAAACAAGCCAAGCUACCUCACACCAACAUCCCUUCUGCCACCAGCUCCCUGUCCCCAGGGCUGGCGCCCUUCGCUCUGAAGCCGGAUGGGACCCGGGUGCUCCCGAACGUCAUGUCCCGCCUCCCGAGCGCUUUGCUUCCUCAGGCCCCGGGCUCGGUGCUCUUCCAGAGCCCUUUCUCCACUGUGGCGCUAGACACCUCCAAGAAAGGGAAGGGGAAGCCACCGAACAUCUCCGCGGUGGAUGUCAAACCCAAAGACGAGGCGGUCCUCUACAAGCACAAGUGUAAGUACUGUAGCAAGGUUUUUGGGACUGAUAGCUCCUUGCAGAUCCACCUCCGUUCCCACACUGGAGAGAGACCCUUCGUGUGCUCUGUCUGUGGUCAUCGCUUCACCACCAAGGGCAACCUCAAGGUGCACUUUCACCGACAUCCCCAGGUGAAGGCAAACCCCCAGCUGUUUGCCGAGUUCCAGGACAAAGUGGCGGCCGGCAAUGGCAUCCCCUAUGCACUCUCUGUACCUGACCCCAUAGAUGAACCGAGUCUUUCUUUAGACAGCAAACCUGUCCUUGUAACCACCUCUGUAGGGCUACCUCAGAAUCUCUCUUCGGGGACUAAUCCCAAGGACCUCACGGGUGGCCCCUUGCCCGGUGACCUGCAGCCUGGGCCUUCUCCAGAAAGUGAGGGUGGACCCACACUCCCUGGGGUGGGACCAAACCAUAAUUCCCCAAGGGCUGGUGGCUUCCAAGGGAGUGGGACCCCCGAGCCAGGGUCAGAGACCCUGAAAUUGCAGCAGCUGGUGGAGAACAUUGACAAGGCCACCACUGAUCCCAACGAAUGUCUCAUUUGCCACCGAGUCUUAAGCUGCCAGAGCUCCCUCAAGAUGCAUUAUCGCACCCACACUGGGGAGAGACCGUUCCAGUGUAAGAUCUGUGGCCGAGCCUUUUCUACCAAAGGUAACCUGAAGACACACCUCGGGGUUCACCGAACCAACACGUCCAUUAAGACGCAGCAUUCGUGUCCCAUCUGCCAGAAGAAGUUCACCAAUGCCGUGCUGCUGCAGCAACAUAUCCGGAUGCACAUGGGCGGCCAGAUUCCCAACACGCCCCUGCCAGAGAAUCCCUGUGACUUGACGGGUUCUGAGCCGAUGACGGUGGGUGAGAACGGCAGCACCGGCACUAUCUGCCACGAUGAUGUCAUCGAAAGCAUCGAUGUAGAGGAAAUCAGCUCCCAGGAGGCUCCCGGCAGCUCCUCCAAGGUCCCCAUGCCUCUGCCCAGCAUCCACUCGGCAUCACCCACGCUAGGUUUUGCCAUGAUGGCUUCCUUAGAUGCCCCAGGGAAAGUGGGUCCUGCCCCUUUUAACCUGCAGCGCCAGGGCAGCAGAGAAAAUGGUUCCGUGGAGAGCGACGGCUUGACCAACGACUCAUCCUCGCUGAUGGGAGACCAGGAGUAUCAGAGCCGAAGCCCAGACAUCCUGGAAACCACAUCGUUCCAGGCACUCUCCCCGGCCAAUAGUCAAGCCGAAAGCAUCAAGUCAAAGUCUCCCGAUGCUGGGAGCAAAGCAGAGAGCUCCGAGAACAGCCGCACUGAGAUGGAAGGUCGGAGCAGUCUCCCUUCCACGUUUAUCCGAGCCCAGCCAACCUAUGUCAAGGUUGAAGUUCCUGGCACAUUUGUGGGACCCUCAACAUUGUCCCCAGGGAUGACCCCUUUGUUAGCAGCCCAGCCACGCCGACAGGCCAAGCAACAUGGCUGCACACGGUGUGGGAAGAACUUCUCGUCUGCUAGCGCUCUUCAGAUCCACGAGCGGACUCACACUGGAGAGAAGCCUUUUGUGUGCAACAUUUGUGGGCGAGCUUUUACCACCAAAGGCAACUUAAAGGUUCACUACAUGACACACGGGGCGAACAAUAACUCAGCGCGCCGUGGAAGGAAGUUGGCCAUCGAGAACACCAUGGCUCUGUUAGGUACGGACGGAAAAAGAGUCUCAGAAAUCUUUCCCAAGGAAAUCCUGGCCCCUUCGGUAAACGUGGACCCUGUUGUGUGGAACCAGUACACCAGCAUGCUCAAUGGCGGUCUGGCCGUGAAGACCAAUGAGAUCUCUGUGAUCCAGAGUGGGGGGGUUCCUACCCUCCCGGUUUCCUUGGGGGCCACCUCCGUUGUGAAUAACGCCACUGUCUCCAAGAUGGAUGGCUCCCAGUCGGGUAUCAGUGCAGAUGUGGAAAAACCAAGUGCUACUGACGGCGUUUCCAAACACCAGUUUCCUCACUUCCUGGAAGAAAACAAGAUCGCGGUCAGCUAAGCUAAGGGAGAACUUGCGUGGAAGGAGCAAUGCAGACACAGUGAAAUCUCUAGAAUCUGCUUUGUUUUGUAAGAACUCAUCUCCUCCUGUUUUCUUUUUCUUACUGAUAUGCAAGUGAUGUUUACGAUGGUUGUGACCACAACCUCAGGCAAGUCCUACAAUCACAUUGUUGCUAUGCUGCUUUGCAAAAAGUUGAAAAAAUAAAAAAAAAAUUCAUACCAAAACAAAUACAGAUUCUUUUUUUUUUUUUUUUUUUUUUUUUUUUUUUUUUUUUGAGAUGGAGUCUUGCUCUAUCACCCAGGCUGGAGUGCAGUGGCAUGAUCUCGGCUCACUGCAACCUCCCCCUUCCGGGUUCAAGUGAUUCUCCUGCCUUAGCCUCCAGAGUAGCUGGGAUUACAGGCAGGUGCCACCAUGCCCGGCUAAUUUUGUAUUUUGAGUAGAGACGGGGUUUCACCAUGUUGGUCAGGCUGGUCUCGAACUCCUGACCUCGUGAUCCACCCGCCUUGGCCUCCCAAAGUGCUGGGAUUACAGGCGUGAGCUACCACGCCUGGCACUUUUUUUUUUUUUUUUUUUUCUAAUUUUGGAAAGAAGCGGGUCUUGCAAAGUAGCUUUGUUACUUGUAACAGACGUAUACAUAAAACCUUUGUACAACCUAGAAUGACUUUUUCCAAAGACUGUUACCUAUUUCAAGGUAGAAUCGUUGGAACUUACUGAACAACAGUGGAAAAGACAACUACACAGCCUCAUUGAGGGGAGAGGGGUACUGUAUACUUACUGGUAACUGGACACGGGUAAAAAGACAAGGUCUGUCAUCUCUUUAGGGACCUGUUUUAUAUGCCCCAACCCUGUCCCCAUCUUAUUGUUUGUUUUUGAAUGUACUUAAAAAAGGAACAACAAGAAACUAGGGUUGUAGAAUUAUAAAAUUGCUUCAACCUUAGAACCUUAAGUAGGAGGCCCUCAAAUGGACUUAUGUUAGUUCUUAAGUCCUUAGGGAGUCAUUGUGUGUGUUGCUGCUUAUUUAAAUACAGUUCAGUUGGAGCCCCGAGAGUGCCAAUGUUUUCCCCACACCUCUUGGAUGCCUUCCUCUUCCCAAACCCCAGAAGAGGUGGGCACCUGAGCGGGGAAUCUCAGGUGACUUAAUUUGCCAGUGCCUACUCUAUUGAAGAACUGGGUUUUCGUGCUCGAGAAGAAACUCGUGGAAGGGCGUGUUUCCCAUCACAGGUUCACAUACAGAUUGUUUUUGUGGAAUUUCCUUGGUGCGACUUAUGCCAAGUAAUUAUGAAGAUUUUUGUUUUGUUUUGUUUUCUUGCUGAAUAUUUCAUGAAGGCUACGAAGUUAGAACAGGCACGUCCUGGGUGUGAAAGCUUUAAUUUAUCUACCUCAUUUAUUUUUUAUUUUUUGUAGCCAUAGUGUUUAUUUUCCUAUUUUAAGACCGCUGAAGUAUUCCCAGGCCCUGUCUAAAACCUAAGAGUUGAUGUAUUGGUGGGAAGAGGUGAACCUUCAAGAUGAUUUUGUGAUGCCUUUUUUUUGGUCGUUUCCUUUGUAAAUGUGAUAUUGAGCAAAUGAAACAUUGCUCUUGGUUUAACAAGAAAGGUUUAACAAGAAAGAAAGAAAAAAACUCUAACUUCCAGGAGAAAAGUCUUUCCCCUCUAUGUGGAAGGUCCUGACGGAAAUACGCAUCCAAGACGAUUAGCCAAAGUGUUGUCUCUUCAUCGUUGCACCUGACUUUUGACUUUAGGAUUCUGCCCCCCUCUUUUUUUUUUUUUUUUUUUUUUUUGCCAAGUUGUGCCUUUCCUUCUGGAAUUGUAAGUGAACAUGAUAAUAGUACCUGUUUACACUGUGAAGUGGAUAUUGUUACAGAAAACACACCAGUGGCUUUCUCACUGUUGAGCUAAUAAUGCCUUGUGAAUGUAUGAUCUACGGAGAAACCCCUGUAGUUGUAC